GUUCUCGUGUCUCAUUCAACUCAAUCUUGAAUACUAUAAAAGCUUGCUGAAAGUUAGAUUUAAUUUUUUACCACUUUUUGACAAUACAAAAUAAUAAUUGGCAAUAUCAUAAUUUGUAUUUGCAAAGAUGAGACCCUUGACAGAGGAAGAGACACGAAUCUUUUUCGAAAAGUUGGUGAAAUACAUUGGAGAGAACAUCAAAAUUCUGAUUGAUCGUCCCGAUGGUCCGUACUGCUUCCGCCUUAACAAGGAACGGGUAUUUUACGUGUCGGAAGAGAUUAUGAAGAAGGCUGGAAAUGUGGCCAGAGAAAAUUUAGUCUCGCUCGGAACUUGCAUGGGGAAAUUUACAAAGAGCAAAAAAUUUCGACUCCACGUAACCGCUCUGGAUUAUCUUGCGCCAUAUGCACAGGGAAAGAUGUGGCUCAAGCCGUCGGCCGAACAGCAAUUUUUAUACGGACACAACGUCAUGAAAUCUGGACUAGGUAGGAUAUCAGAAAGUGUGGACAGAUAUCAAGGUGUUAUCCUCUAUUCUAUGAAUGAUCUUCCAUUGGGCUUUGGUACCGCAGCGAAAUCAACAUCCGACUGCAGGCACUCUGAUCCUGGGACCAUUGUAUGUUUUCACCAGAGCGACAUUGGCGAAUAUAUUCGAAGCGAGGACACCUUAACGUAGUUUAAACUUUAUACUUAAUCAAAUAGUUUUGAUAAAAAAAUCUAUCAAUUUAUUGUAAGACUUGUUAUAAUAUUCAAAAGUUUUAUAAAUGUUAUCCCUAAUUUCCUUGAUUUUUCGGUUAGGGUUAACAUUGUAAAUAUGCAUAAAUUUAUACAUUUCAGACAGAGUUUAUUUGAUUCUCAAGUUUGCUACACACUUGUAACGGGAUGUUCAUUGUUUAUUGUUUUUAAGUUUAAUUCGUCUUUUCCUGUUCGCCAAGAAAGAAGUUGUUGCACCGUACGCAACACGCUACAAGAAUA